UCUGUCAGCCUGUCACCACCGAAACGAAUUAAGUAAACAGGCGAGGGCAUAGCAGGAGCAGGUCAUCGUCAAGCCUUAAAGUGCAUUAUAAUAGUGUUUGGUAGCCGUCACAGGGGCGUGGAGGCUGCGGGCUGGCGGGCUGAGGGACACGUCACGAUCAGCUGUGCCCGUCACCACCACCACCACCGCCGCCGCUGCCGCCACCUGCCGCACGGAGCCGCCGCUCGUCACAAUGCUGCUCAAAGUCACGUUAUCUCUGCUAUUAUCGGCCUACCUCGCCUCGGCCCAGCAGCGCGUGGCCCCGGGCGUGCCGCAGCAGCAGUACCAGCAGCAGCCUCAGCAGCCUCAGCGGGCCCAGCAACAACACUACCAGGCUGCUGCCCCCGGGGUGCCGCAGCAGCAGUACCAGCAGGCCCCAGGGGUCCCGCCGCAGCAGUACCAGCAACAGCAACAGCAACAGCAGUACCAGCAACAGCCACAACAGUACCAACCACAGCAGCAGCAGUUCCAGCCCCCGCCGCCACCCGCACCACCCCAGCAGCAACAGUUCCAGCAACCACCGCCACAGCAGCACGUGCCACAGCAGCAUGUGCCACAGCAGCAUGGCGGGGGCGGCCACCACGGCGGUGGACACAACCAGCGUGUGCUGCACAACCCUAACCUGAGCAGUGAGCGGGACCACAUCAAGGACCAUCUGGAGGUGCCCAUCGACACAGCCACCAUGUCUGACCAGGAGCUGCAGUUCCACUACUUCAAGAUGCACGAUGCCGACAACAACAACAAGCUGGACGGCCAGGAGCUCAUCAAGUCCCUCUUCCACUGGCAUGAUUCUGCCAACCAUGACGGCAAGACCGGCCACCCACCCCCUGAGGCCAAGCUCUUCUCUGACUCCGAGCUGGUCAACAUGAUCGACCCGAUUCUUGACCAGGACGACAAGAACAAGGACGGCUUCAUCGACUACCCAGAAUUUGUCCAGGCCCAGCGCAACGCCGCCGCUGCUGCUUCAGCCACCGCCAAUGUAGGAUAAAGUGCCCAGGAGUGAGUGGGUGGUGUGUGUGUGUGUGUGUGUGUGUGUGUCGGUGCUCUUGUCCCUGGCCUGUGGACUGUCCAGGCUGCCUCUCUGGUGCCAAGGAUUGUCUACCCUCAGUGUCAUGACUCCUGGUAAAUGUCUGGUGUGUGCAGGAGGGACAGGUCGGCUUCCUCACAAGCUAUACACAAAUCUGUAUUUGGCGAUGAUGCACAAACCUCCUGUAGAAAUCUUGGUGCAUCAGAACAUGUUCCAAGGUACACAAAUACUCCCACAUUCACUGUCUACAAAGUAAUGUAUAAUAACAAAACUGUGAUAAGUCAUGAGACUCCCACACCUAAAAAUCAACGCACAUUUUAUACGCUUUCCCUUGAGGCGGCGUCAGGACCUGUCCCCCCGAACACACUUUGUCAAGGGCUGCACCCUUGGCUCUUACUUAGGGGGAUAAAUUUUAUUUAUUGUCCUUGUGACACAGACAGACUGGGGGUGUUCAUAAGUGUUCUAUCAGAUCUGAUAUUUUCCCAUGGAAUAUUAAGGAUAAUUAUAAUAUAAAUCAGUGUGUUUCCAUGAUUCUAAAGAGGAUACACUGUGUUCCAAUGCUACAUUGGUCAUGGACAGCAGUGUCCAGCACCUGUUUACGGGCAAGUUUGUACAGUUGUAUUUCUUAAGAUCUUUGGGAAAAUUCAUAAAAGAAUAAUUAUUUUAUUUCUUAUUUUGUUCAGAAAAGAUCAAAAGUUACUCUCAUCUCCAUACUUCCUGCGUGCUUGUCAUAAGAUUUACUAUAACAACCACCACAGCAUCUGAAGCUGUUGACCCAUGCUUGUAUUGGAGUGGCAGGAUGUGGUAAAUAAGUGGAUUGUCUCAAACAGACAUUUUGUUGAGUAACUUCUUUCUCCCACCAUGGUUUGAGUGACACACUAAUGUUGGUGGAUGGUUGAGGGUCCAUCACUAGACACUGCCAGACAUGCAUUGUUGGUCCUGAUGAGCGAGAUUAACAUUUUAGACAAAACUAAAUGUUCCAAGUGUGUUAGAUUCCGUCUCAUGAUAGAGUAAUGACUUCUCAUCAGAUUGUGCAUGUAUGAUAGACCCUAAUGACCUGGGAGCGUUCAUAUGUGUGAGUGCGUUUAUGUUUAUAUGCUCACAUGUGUGUAAGUGAAUAUGUUUGCAUGUGUGUGUGUGCAGCCCCUCUUGGGUUGUCAGAACAAACCUUCUAUCGAGUCUCGUGUGGGCUGGGAGUGGCACACACCACAUCGUCACGUUGCCAAGAGACUCAUCACAACCUUAGGAGCUCAGUAGCAAGAGGAGAGUUGUUUCUCUCAAGCACAACAAAGCUUGGCAUCUGUGAACACAAAAGUGACAAAGUUUAAAGAGAUCUGUAAAUCACUGUUGCUUUUAAUUUAACUGCAAAAUAGUGAUACCUGCAAUACACUGCUACACUGGCUCUGUUCUGCAGUACUGGGAAUAUGGAUCUCUGCCUUGCAUUGUCAAGUACAGAUCUUUUAUUAUUGGUCAAUUCUUGUUACAUCACUACAUUUCCAGUCUUCCAGCUAAAGCUUGAGAUAUCAGAUUCUUGUCACAAUCAUACUAAGAGCACUGAGAUGGAGGAUUCUUGUCACAACCACACUAAGAGCAUUGAGAUGUUCGAUUCUUGUCACAACCACUAAGAACAUUGAGAUGGAAGAUUCUUGUCACAACCAUACCAAGCAUUUGACUGGCCGGUUUCCUUGAUGCAGGCUGCCUUUUUCCAACACAGGAGCUAUGAAAGUGAACAUAGUGUCACGAAUUAUAGCGCUCAGAUGUAGAAACAUUCCAGCGGGUGAAUGCUGUAGCUGCUUCUGUAUCUAGAUUUUUUGUUAUUUUAUAUUAACUAUAUUGGUAAAGUUGUAAAAAUGGGGCUAAUAUAUGGGAGAGUGUGAGUGUGAAGGGUCGUAAUUUAUCAGGAGAACCUACAACUUAAUACUUUACUAGUUAUUAGUUUUACUCUAUCUUCUAUGUUAGUAGUUUCACUGUUUCCUGCCUGCUGCCUCUGUCACUGCUCUUCCUGUUCAGUGCUGGAGCUGUCUGUAUGUGUGCGUGUCUGCCUGUAGGUGAGUUUCUGGGAUGGUAACUUUUAUACUUUUCUUUGGAAUAAAUUAAAAAAAACUUUAAA